AUGAACGACGUGCAAGAGCCUCUGACUCCGAAUAAACCCGGGCCAGUGGACGGUGUGGUAGUGGACGACAUUACACUGACGUCACUGCUCCCGCGUCUUCGCAAGAAAGGCUACAAGUUCUCGUCCUACGCCCGAGAAGACCAUGGAAAUGCUCUCUACUGCGUCACAUUUUGUGACGUUCUGCCCAUUUACGAGCGCAUGUUUGCAGCAGCUGGUGGCAAUCGAUUGACAGUAUACGAAUGUCUGGAGAAUGGCGGGCUCGAUAUCAUUCAAGUGUAUUGCGAUGGAGAUCAGGAAGAGCAAUACUUUACGGCAGCAUGGACAGUGGAUGUGCUCACAGGCUCGCCACUACUAGCGGCUGCAGGCUUCCGCGGCCAUAUCAAGGUGAUCAACUGCAUCACACAGUCGGUGUUGAUCGUUUUGUCAGGACAUGGCAACUCAGUGAAUGAGCUCAAAUUUCACCCGGUAGACCCGAGUCUGUUGUUCUCGGCUGGCAAGGAUGAAUCCAUUCGUCUAUGGAACUCUCUCACGGGCGUGUGCGUGGCAAUUUUUGCCGGUCACAUGGGUCACCGUGACGACGUGUUAAGCCUGGACAUCCACCUGAAGGGUUCGUGCUUCGUAUCGUCUGGGAUGGACAAUACGGUCAAAAUUUGGGAUCUCGAGGAUGAGGUCGUCCAGACGGCGAUUAAGAAGUCAUAUACGGAGCCCCGUCCGAAGGAUCGUCCGUUCGACACUAAGUUUAUUCAAUUCCCGGCAUUCUGCACCAGCAAAGUGCAUGCUGACUACGUGGACUGCGUGCGAAUGGUGGGUGACUUGAUUUUGUCCAAGUCGACUGGUAACAAGGUGAUUUUUUGGAAACCAAACCCGUCGCGAGGCAAAGAUGCAGUCACGGUGCUACGUGAGUAUCACUACAAAGAUGCUGAUCUAUGGUUUAUGAAGUUUGGUCUCGAUUCGCAGCUAGAGGUCAUGGCAGUGGGUAACAAGAAGGGCAUGGUGAGCGUCUUUGAUCUGGAUGCCGAACAAGAACGUCCAGUCUGUAAAUUGACCCAUAACAGCUGCAAGAACACAGUUCGCCAAGUGUGCUUUAGUAAAAGUGGUCGUACGAUUAUCACGUGCUCAGACGAUGCAACUGUGUGGCGUUGGGACCUGCAUUAA